GUUCACCCUAUUUAAGUCUUCACACUACAAGAGGAAGGGAGAGAAAACAAAGGCUUCAAUUUCAUCAUCAUCUAUAGAGAGCAGCAAUGGCAAAGAAAUGGGCUUUAAUAGCUUGGCUGUUGCUCAGCUCGCUCUCCACGGCCAACUCCACCUCGUUUCAAGAAUGCUACGCCACCUGCUUUGUCAUAUGUGCCAUCACGCCCGGCGUCGCCUUCUCCGACUGCCCGUUGAGAUGCCUGCAAGCUUGCAUCAUUCCGUCUUUCCCUAUCGAUAACAACGACGUCCAUCGGCAAGAACAAAAUCAGUUCUUCUGCAAGCUCGGCUGCGCAGUUUCCUCAUGUACCAAGUUUAGCACAAAGCAAAAUCCAGCUGAAAAAGAAGUGGGGAACUGUGUGGAUUCUUGCUCUCAAACAUGUUCCAUGGAUUGAUCUGCUUCUGCUAAAUGAAGGCAGUGAACUACAUUUUUUUUUCCUUUUUCCCUUCUUUUGUUGAAAAAAUAAGUACAUAGUAGUAUAAGUAAUAUAUUGUGUUUUAUUAGAAAUGAAACUACAUUAUUGUUGGAAUUUCUUUCUAUACUAAAGAAAGAUUUUGGGUUUAA